GUUGUCCACCAUGAAUCCAGUCACCAUCAAUCACGCUGGGGGAGAUAUCAAUAUUGGAACGCAAAACAAUGACCUCAACGGCAACUCGUCGCCGGCCUUAUCGUUCUUCAAAACGUCAGAAUACGAGUCAUACAAGAAUAUAAACCCCAAACGCGAGCCUCAAACAUGCAGAUGGUUUCUGGAACACCCAACAUUUCAAGCCUGGAAGGCAAGAGAUAAAGGCGGGCUGCUCUGGCUCACAGCCGACCCAGGUUGCGGCAAAUCGGUGCUGUCGCGAGCACUGAUCGAUGAAAGAUUAGUCGGCGUAGGCACUAGUAAGAUUUGCUUUUUCUUCUUCAAGGACAACAACGACCAAAGUAGCAUUGCUACAACUUUGUGUGCUCUCCUUCACCAGCUUCUUCGCGCGAGGAAGAGCGAGGGUCUCUUCUCAAAGUACUGUGUACCAGCCAUUGGAGAAUGCGCCGACGACCUAAAAACGGAUUUCGAAGAACUAUGGAAAGUGUUCAAAAAGAUCGCAUUGGAUCCGUCCGUUGGUGACAUCAUUAUCGUGCUCGAUGCCCUCGACGAGUGUCCGACGACGAGUAGGAACAUCCUGAUUGACAGGAUAGGGGAACUGUAUGACGACGCCCAAGAGGAGUGUAGGCUGAAGUUCCUAGUGACAAGCCGCCCGUACCAUGAGAUCAAGGUCAAGUUCAAUCCACUGUUACGCAAACUCUUCACUAUUCGGCUUGAUGGAGACGCCGAGUCUGACAGUAUCUGUCAGGAGAUCGAUACUGUCAUUCGAACCAAAGUGGCAAAUAUCGCACAAAACCUCGAUUUAGGAAACGACCUAGCGAUGACCCUACUCAGAAAACUUCGAGAAACCCAAAACAGGACUUAUCUAUGGGUCCAUUUAAUUCUCGAGGGCUUCGAAGAAUCCUUUGCGUUCACGCACCAAAAGAUAGAAAAGUUCAUAAGCACCCUUCCUGGCUCAGUUGAGGCGGCCUACGAAAGGAUAUUGGAUCGAUGCCGUAAUCGUGCGGAUGCAAGAAAAAUCCUCCAUAUCGUUAUAGCCGCACAAAGACCACUUACAUUGGAGGAAUUUGACAUUGCUCUUGAAAUUAACACUGAUUUGGAGGCACCUACGACAGAUAUUCGGCAUCUCAAUUGUCUCGGCAAUGAUCACAGGCUCGCAAUGAUUCGUAACACAUGUGGACUUUUCGUCACCGUUACAUACAACCGAGUUAGCCUAAUCCAUCAGACGGCAUACGAAUUUCUCAUUCAGAAAGAGGCUAGCCCAAGCGUCAACUAA